CGUUCCGUUAAGCCAGCCAGGGGCAGCUCUCAGCGUGCUACCAUUGGCUGGGAGCCGGCGGCGGGAGAGGUAGUGGGGGCGAGGCCAACCAUGCUUGGGCGUCUCUGAUUGGUCGAGGGCGGGUUUAGCUAAUUAGGGGCCCUGGGAAGCAGGGGUGUUCUAGGGGAGGCGUAGAGCUGUCAAAAAGUUGCCACAUCCCACCCCAGGGAUGGCUGCAUCUCAGCACCGGGUGAGGGGUCCCUGUAUAACCAGCCCUUGGAAAUGUGAUGUCCAGGAGGCUCAAGGAGACAGCUGAUGUCCCCAGGGGUGGGGGCAGGUUGCGCUUUCCGAGUGUCUGCUGAAAACAGGACAGAAAGGGUCAGGACUAUUAGGCAGCUGCAGUUGCAGACGCUGGCCACUGGAUGGCGGCCUAACCGUGGAGGAUUGAUGGUGGCGCAGCUGCUGGAGAUCCCGGUGGUGGUGACAGAGCAGUACCCCCAGGGGCUGGGCCCUACGGUGCCUGAGCUGGGGGCCGAGGGGCUGAGGAAGUUCCCCAAGACCUGCUUCAGCAUGCUGGUCCCGGAGGUGGAGCAGGAGUUGGGGGCACUGCCCCACCUGCACUCUGUGCUCCUGUGCGGCAUUGAGGCCCAAGCCUGCAUCAUGAGCACAGCGCUCGAUGCCCUGGAGCGGGGACUGGAUGUUCACGUGGUGGCUGAUGCGUGCUCCUCCAGAAGCCAAGUGGACCGGCUGGUGGCCCUGUCCCGUCUGCGGCAGAGCGGUGCCUUCAUCACCACCAGCGAGGGGCUGAUCCUGCAGCUGGUCAGAGACGCUGCCCACCCUUGCUUCCGACAGAUCCAGAAGGUCAUUAAGGAUCCGGCUCCGGACAGUGGCCUCGUCUCCCUGUUCCCGGGACAGAGCUCUGGCUUCAGCUAACCCUGCGGCUCCCAGACCCCCACCCCCCCCGGCCCCCAGCACUUGGGGGCAGGGCAGGGCUGGAAUAAACCCUUCAGUACAGUGA